GACACGUAAGGGGGGAGGAGUUCGCAGUUACCGCCGACUUGCUUUAUUGCAGUGUCUCCGCCACGUGUUUAGAUAAAAACAGAGUUUAUGGCGUUACUUGCUACUCAGCCUCACCAGGCCGUGCAGAUAAUAAGCAGCUCGCGAUGGACGGCGGGAACAUCAUAAACCCAAAGUAACUGGAACCACAUUUCCCCCCAAGAGUUUCAGCAGAAACCGCGACGUCAGGAUGAAGGAGCGAACAGAUGCUCCCCAGGAUCGGGUCUGUUUAGUGGGACUCAUUUUCUUCAUUCUGGGCCUGGGAACGCUGCUGCCAUGGAAUUUCUUCAUGACUGCCUCACUGUACUUCCAGGGUCGCCUCAACAACACAGAGUUUCACAACGGAACCGCUGUCCAAAAAGAAUACUACUUCAACAACUGGAUGACCUUCCUGUCCCAGCUGCCCCUGCUGCUCUUUACCCUCCUCAACUCCUUCCUCUACCAAAGGAUAUCGGAGGCCAUACGUGUUGCAGGCAGCCUCGUUUUCAUCCUGCUGUUCUUCAUCCUCACAGCAGUGCUGGUUAAAGUGGAUAUGGACCCAGAUGUCUUCUUCUCAGUCACCAUGGCGACCAUCUGGUUCAUCAACUCAUUUGGCGCCAUCCUGCAGGGAAGCCUGUUCGGCCUGGUGGGACUGCUGCCCCAGAAGUACAGCGCCGUGUUCAUGAGCGGCCAGGGGCUUGCCGGGACAUUCGCUGCCGUUGCCAUGCUGGUCUCCACAGCCAGUGAUGUAGACUCCAAGUCUGCAGCGCUGGGUUACUUCAUCACACCAUGUUUGGGGACUCUGAUCACCCUGUUCAGCUACCUGCUGCUGCCACGCCUGGAUUUUGCUCAGUAUUACCUGAACAGAAGCAGCAAAUAUGAGGAAGGCACCACAGACCAGCUGUUAAGUGUGGCAGAUGGAACCACUGUGGAAACCGAGAAGCUGAACGGCCACAUUGACGGAUCGGUGACGGAUGUAGCGGCUGAGACCAGACGUCAGGUGGAGGCUAAGGUGGAAACCUCUCCAAGCAGGACGAAGCAGGCGGAUAAUUCUCAAGAUAAAGCCUCAGUGUUGGAGGUCUUUAAGAAGGUUCGGGUGAUGGCGUUCUGCGUGACGUUUGUGUUCACCGUCACUCUGUCCGUAUUCCCCGCCAUCACCGUAGAUGUCAAAACAUCAUUCCCAGGAAAAUGGGAGCGCUACUUUAUCUCAGUCUGUUGCUUCUUGGUUUUCAACAUCCACGACUGGCUUGGGCGAUCCAUCACCUCAGUGAUACAAUGGCCUCCUAAAGAGUCCCGUCUGUUCCCAGUGCUGGUGGUCUUAAGGGUGGUCUUCAUCCCUCUGCUGAUGCUCUGUAACGUCCAGAAACGCUCUCACCUUCCUAUUGUCUUCACGCACGACGCCGUCUUCACCGUCAUCAUGGCUCUCUUCUCUGUGUCCAGUGGUUACUUUGUGUGCCUCUCCAUGUCCUACGCUCCACAAAUGGUGGAGCCUAAAGAUGCAGAGACUGCAGGAGCCCUGAUGACCUUCUUCCUGGCCCUGGGUCUGUCCAUCGGAGGAGCCCUGUCUUUCCCGCUGCGGAAACUGGUGUAGCCCCACAAAAACAGCACAACAAGGACCCUAAAUUAUUGUCACCCGCUCCCGAAAGGACAACUUUUGACCAUCAGUUUUACUUCAGUCUGCUGUUUUCCUUCUCCACGCGUCAGUCGGGCGGGGGGGUGUCUUAAUGAGCCUGAACUCUGGGUGUGAAAUAGUUUCUGUUUAAAAGCAAAAGUAGGACGGCUGCAUGUUAUUGUGAACUGAUGACCUGCUGCAGACGAGUUCUUCUAAGUUUUUUGUUGUUAAUGUUUCAGGUUAAACUGAGUCUGCUCAGCAUGGGUUGAGAGUAGAGAAACAUUUCAGGAGAAGAUUUCUAGUUGAGAAGAAGCUUUAGUUUAUUCUGAAACCAGGUGAGUGUUGGGGUUUUUAUUGAUGCCUUUAAGCCUUUCAAUGAGGAAGUAUUUGUUUUUAUCACAGAUACUUUUCUACUUUUAUUUCCACAUUAGAUAGUUUGUUCAUUUGUAAUGCAGAGAACAAACCUCCUACCAGAAUGGAAAUAAUAAAGUGGCUACUUUGCUUUAAUUUCCAAUUAGUACAUUCCUGACCCGGCUUGGUUCAGGAAUACACUUGGGAAUACAAGGGAAAUACUUCCAUUUAUUUUUUGAUAAAGAUCCUUCACCAUGACUGUUCCCAUGCAUUUUCAUUUCAAGAGGCCAGACUCAAAUUCCAGAGUUUUUAUCUCAUUCAGGACAUUUAAGUACAUUUAAAUAUGAACUGCUUCAGUUGGGUUUUAUUACCUGUAGAAGUGAAAGAAAACGGGUUUCUCAUAAAGGACCAUUUCACUUUGUUUUUUCUUUUCCUUUGGGACAAAUCUAAAUCAACUCUGUUACUCCUGGAAAUGAUUUAAAGCACAGUUACACAUUUGUAACUUUAUUCAGCUGAGGAAUAGGAAACACAGAUUUGUUUGACUUUUUAGCCAGACCCAAUAAUAAGAACCACAGGCCCAGAUAAUCUUAGUAUUAAGCUUGCCAGAGUAAAAAAAAAAAAAAAGUAUUAAAACUAAAAUCCUUUUAAAAAAAAUUAAACGAGCAUGUUAUUCAAAAACCGAAACGAUAAAAAAUGUCUUUUCUUAGAAAUGGUUAAAUGAAAUAAAAAAAAAAUAAAGGUUAAUUCCUACUGCUGCGUAGGAACCUGGGCUGAGUUAUUAGGAAGGAAUUUCUAGGAAGUUGAACUCUGUAACUCCUGCGUUGUGUGCUGUGCUGCAUCCUGCAUCACUCUCAUAUGGACAGCUCCACAGUAGCGUUUAUUUUGUUUGCUGUAAAUCCUAAUUUUUAAGGUGUUUGUUCAUAUUAGUGUUGACUGUGUGGCAUCUGCUGUUUCAGUAUGAUGCAUUUCUUUUUCAGUCGGAUCAGAAUUAAUCUACUUCUGUACUUUCUGAUUUUGGGGAUUUCUGCUGUAUUUCCAUUUAAUGCGGAGUGGACGGAAACGUGAAGUCAUCAGAGUUGGAUGAGAAUUCUGGUGAAGCUGCAGACUGUUUUGUAGAUCCAAGCAUGUAAUCCAGUUCUGUUAUUUAAGAAGCAGAGACUAACCAGGAACAGUACAACUAAAGCUAAACAGACUUCAAUGUUCUGGAUAAGUUUGAGGGACUUUUACAGAUCUGUUGCCUUAAUGCAUGACCCAUGUUUGUCUCACCUGCAGAGGAGAAACUUUUUCAGUUAAAGGAAUUAAAGCCGGAGUGAUUUUUUCAAUGUUUCUGUACAGACAAGUGUCAAUAAAUGGAUUCCAACAGCU